AUGGGCUUCACAUGGCCAUCCCUUGGACGCUGGACGUCCAACAGAAGAAGGCCCUCGAGAUCAUCCCGCGAACCAUACCGUCACCGCCCUACGACGUCGACGACCAAGACGUCGGAGUGUUACUCUCCCACCACCGAUCAAACCCACGAAGACGAAGAUAGAGAGUCCAAGCGCAACUGUCCACAGGACACAUACAGCUACGACGCACCCGAUUCUUCCGUAUACGGCGGCGCCCAGUCACCCACACACCGUCCCUCGGCCCCUCCGGCCCAGGGCGUCAGGGAGACGGAGUUGUUGCUCAGAGGUGAGUCCCCCGCGGCGCUCAUCGAGCUCAUCCGGCGGACGGAAGACGCUGAACGGCGGGUGAGGCCAAGUCAGAAGUUCAAGUACCUCAGCGCAGACGACGACGCGCUACACGUUCGGUUCGGAACCACGACGACGGUCUACGGGAGUGGGGGGAAAGGAACCGCUCGAUACGACGAUGGCUGGGUUCUCUCUGCCGCCGAAGAGGACCGUCGCCGGGACAAGGCGGCGGUUCGGGAGGAGUAUGACGACGACUUCGACGAGCAGGAGUUUGGGGAUUGGAGGGACGGUGGACGUGAGUGCGAGUGCGGGCGCGGCGGACGUGAUGAAGAGGAUGAGAAGCUUGAAGAGGAGUGCGAUGAAGCGGAAGAGGUAAUUCGCCACGAUCACAGCCGGCGCUGGUCAUGGGCUGUUGAUGAGUCUUCACGUCCGUGUGGUCACGAGGCAGAAGAAGGUGCUAAUGCUCAACGUCACAGGUCGGAGGCGCAAAAGAAGGAGAUAGGAGAGGAUAUGCCUGCGUUCGAAGUGUGUGGUGUGGUAAUGAGAGACGGACUGCGGUUGCAUCCGACGAACGGCGCGGCCUCGGGCUCUUUGACGACGGUCCAGGGGCCUGGAGGAUCCUUGACGGCGGGAGAGGAGGGAUUGGAGAUGACUUUGGUCGACUACUCCAGCGAUGGGACAUCCACCGCGGAAGAAGACCCCUCUGACGGCGAGGGCAGUGAGCCUCAUCUGCCGUCGCUGUACUUUGAGGAUUUGAGAAGUAUGGUCGAAGAGGCGGCGGUUCCGGACCCCUUGAUCUCGGGGGCGGAUGUCGUCGAUGGGACUGGUGAUGACCAGACGAACGAGGCAGAAUCGAACUCCACGCCGGAUGCGGAGGUGUUGUUUGAUUUCUCUGAGUAUUCCAAGGGACAUGAGCGUUCGAUUGGGGAUAUGCUGGGCUCCUUCUCUAGAGAAUUUGAAGGGUGGCAGGCCGAUGCUGAUGAAGAGGAGAACCUCCCUCCGACUCCUGCUCAUGAGAUUAUUCGCCCCGUCGCCGGACUGGGUUGGUAUGACGACAAUGAGAGAUCGAGUUACUCCGAUGUUUGUCCCCAGGCUUUGGUCAUGAGCAUUACCAGGGCAAAUGCAGAGUUCAACGCGGCAUCAGAGAGUCCGCUGACGUUCCCCCUCCGCAAAGACUCGUUGGAACAUAGCCCCAGAGCCCUCACCUUUUCCGAGGUAUCCUACGCGGCCGAGAAAGGAGAUGGGUUCACGACAACGAAAGCUGGUGAAUUCGAUAGCACACCCAUGAGGACAGUCUUUGAGAGUACGAGCCAGUUCUUCAAGUCAACCACCGUGGAAGACGAACACUGGAUAUCAAAGCCAAAGUCACCUGCAUCCCCGCGACGCUCUUCCUCCGUCUACUCCUCAGACUCCUCGGAUAACGCAGGCUCUCUCUCCCCGAUCUCUAAGGCAUCCCCAGCCUCCCCGAGCGAGGGCGAAGAAGACGAAGAAGAGAUAGAUGACCUCCUCGACAUCUACGCAACCACAUCCCACCCCGACCACGGAUCCCCCCUCUCUCCCACAACCGACAAAGACCUCCUUCCCCCUUACCACCCUUCCUCACCAUCCGCCCUCAUCCCUCUCACCACAAUCGCUCGCGGCCUCUCCCUCCCCCAAACGACCCCCUAUAGCACCCUCCAAACCCACCUUGCCCGCAACGCAAACAUCCUCCGCUACCUCGUCCUCCACUGCAUCCCCUCCCCCUCCAUAAACCCCCUCGAACCCCAAACCGACCUCGUCGAACCCAUCCUGCCCCUACCCCUAACCCCCAGAUCAGGAGACUACGCUCGAAACUUCCCCUCCCACCCGCGCAGGCGCGAGUACACACGCCUCCUACAAGCCAUCCGCUCCGUACAGUGGUCAGCAGACGCUAUCAACGACAUGCUGGCCGUGGUAGACCUUCACUCCCCUCUCCCGUCCCCUUCAUCUCCGUCAUUCUCGACGGACCCUUCGCACAGACGAACCUCCACGGCCCUACCCGCCUUUCGAAAACUCCGCGCCGCGGACGCAGAGCGGCGGGGGUACCUUACCUCCACGCAGCUUCACGAGCUAAGCAUGCACGGUAUCUCGCUCCUCGACGUGCUGCAGAUGAACGACGUCCCGCGGGUCGUAAGCUCUGGGUUAGGCGGGCGCCUCGUUGCUGCUGCGGCGUCUGGGGCGUUGGGUAUCGCGAGGGAGUGUAAUCUGCUCGACGAGGAGGGGGCGUUGCUGGAGUUGCUUGCUGAUCCGGAGGAGGAAUUUGGCUCGAGGUUGAGAACUCGGGACCAGGGCAGACGUAGUGGAAGGGAGAGCGGAUUGAGGUGUUGUGUUGGUGUUGAUGACGAAGGUGAGAUAGGCGACGAAGAGAACGGGGCGGAUAGCGACGACCAGAUGAACGAUGAUGAGGAUGAGGGGUAUGGAGAGGGAACGUACAUCGACGGCCUUGUAGACGAGGUGGGAACAGAGAAUGUCGUUGAUGAUGAUGGGGCGUACCUCGUUAGCCCCUUAUCUCCCGAAGCAUUCACCGCAGACCAGACCUGGGAGGACCAGGGUGGUGUAGCCUCAGCACCGACGACAUCUCAACCCUUCGAGGACCUCAUGACCUUCUCUGACGAUGACGAGGAAGAAGAUGAGGAUGACAACUACGGUCCACCUACGGACUGUACUUUUGAACAAUCGGAAGCGGAGCUCCACGUGAAGCCGCUGAAUAUACCCAAAAGGAAACCCGCACUCAAGAGGUCCCAUCACUUUCGAGAAAUCCAGGCCUCUGACGAAGAGACAAAGACGGCUGUUCUGGUCAAUAAAGAGACAGACGAGGACCCCGAGUUGCGACGGUUCUUCGCCGAGAUUGGGGCGAUGCCUGUAGUUGCUCGCACGUCGGACGUUAUCAUUGAGUGA